AUGCGUAUUUCAGGUGAAAGGAUACCACAGCAAGCCCGAGACAUUUCUGAUUCUCUUAAUAUUCCACAUAUUAUUAUUCCUGAUUGGACAACUCGACCAUUUUCAGUUCACAAUGAAUUCGGUGAAAGAAAAUCAGAAAUUAUUUAUCAAGUUGUUAAUUUGUACCAUACCAAUAUGAACUUGGUUGGGCGUCAUUGUUCUUCUCAAGGAGCCUAUACCUUGCUUAAUCCGGAAAAUCCUAAUGAUCCUAGUAAACAAAGUAUUCUAGCUCCUAAUGUCUUUGUUGUUCUUAAAGCCAGGUGGAAUACUUUAACAAAUGAUGAAAAAAAUAUGCCGUAUCCCCCAAUUGCUCCGAAUUUUGUUGUUGAGUUGCGUUCACCAAGCGAUUCCUCUCAGUAUGUGCACAGAAAAAUGUUACUCUGGGUAAAAGCAGGAGUAGAAGAAGCUAUAUCUAUAGACACAAUUGUACAAGUUAGAAUAUAUAUCGUGUCGGUUGGCAAACACAUGCGAGCCCCGCUCAGGUUGCAUCGCAAGUUCUCACGGGGCUUGUGUUUGGCAUCUACUGUAGUCAAAUUUUAUCUAAUUUUAUCCGGUCAGAGGACUGUUAUUGUCCGCGCCGAAUUACUAAAUGUGUCAGGGACUUUCUUCCGAAAUAAGAUUAAGUAUCAUGCUUACCUUCGUAAACGAAUGAUUGUUAAUCCAGCACGAGGUCCCUUCCAUUUCCGUGCUUCUUCUAAAAUCUUUUAUAAGGCUGUACGUGGUAUGGUUCCACAUAAAACUUCUCGUAGUGCAGCAGCUUUAGGUCUUCUUGAGAUUUUUGAAGGAAUACCUCUUCCAUAUGAUAAUAAAAAACAUAUGGUGGUACCUAUACCCUUAGAGUUUUAA